GCGGAGAAGAUGGCGCCGCCGCCGGCUGCGGCGCGGGGGAGCGGCGCGUGCUGAGGCGAGCGGCAGCGGCGGGGAGAGGCCGGGUGCUGGCGGCGGGGCCGGGGUAUGCGGCAGCGGCUGCUUCCUGCGCUGAGGCGGGCUCUGCUGGGCUUAGCGCGCCCCUGGGCCGCCCCGGCCGCCCGGUUUUUCCCUCAGUGCCGGCGGCGCAGCUUUCUCGGGUUUCAGAAAGAGACAAACAACAAAAUGAAUAAUCCAGCUAUUAAGAGAAUAACAAAUGAAAUUAUCAAAUCGCCUGAGGAUAAACGAGAGUAUCGUGGACUGGAAUUGGCAAAUGGCAUUAAAGCUCUUCUCAUUAGUGACCCCACCACAGAUAAGUCUUCAGCAGCACUAGAUGUGCACAUAGGAUCUUUGUCUGAUCCCCCCAACAUUGCUGGGCUUAGUCAUUUUUGUGAGCAUAUGCUGUUCUUGGGCACCAAGAAAUACCCAAAAGAGAAUGAGUAUAGUCAAUUUCUUAGUGAGCAUGCUGGGAGCUCAAAUGCCUUCACAAGUGGAGAACAUACCAACUAUUACUUCGAUGUGUCACAUGAACAUCUAGAAGGUGCACUGGACAGAUUUGCCCAGUUUUUCCUGUGCCCUUUGUUUGAUGAAAGCUGCAAAGACAGGGAAGUGAAUGCUGUUGAUUCUGAGCAUGAGAAGAAUCUGAUGAAUGAUGCCUGGAGGUUGUUUCAAUUGGAGAAGGCUACUGGAAACCCCAACCAUCCCUUCAGUAAAUUUGGAACAGGGAACAAAUUCACCCUGGAAACUAGGCCAACCAAAGAAGGAAUAGAUGUAAGACAAGAGCUAUUGAAGUUCCAUUCUACUUACUAUUCAUCAAAUGUAAUGGCUAUUUGUGUCUUAGGAAGAGAAUCCUUGGAUGAACUGACUUGCUUAGUGGUAAAGUUAUUUUCAGAAGUAGAGAAUAAAAAUGUCCCUAUACCAGAGUUUCCUGAGCAUCCCUUCCAGGAAGAACACCUUCGGCAACUUUACAAAGUGGUACCCAUUAAGGACAUUAGAAAUCUUUAUGUCACAUUUCCUAUACCAGACCUUCAGAAGUACUAUAAGUCAAACCCUGGCCAUUAUCUUGGUCAUCUGAUUGGGCAUGAAGGCCCAGGGAGUCUUUUAUCAGAGCUUAAAGCCAAAGGGUGGGUAAAUACUCUUGUUGGAGGACAGAAGGAAGGUGCUAGAGGUUUCAUGUUUUUCAUCAUUAAUGUGGACUUGACAGAGGAAGGACUUUUGCAUGUUGAAGAUAUUAUUUUGCACAUGUUUCAAUACAUUCAAAAACUACGUACAGAAGGACCUCAGGAAUGGGUUUUCCAAGAGUGCAAGGAUCUAAAUGCUGUGGCAUUCAGAUUUAAAGACAAAGAACGACCACGAGGUUAUACAUCAAAGCUUGGAGGAAUGUUGCAUUAUUAUCCUAUAGAAGAAGUAUUGGCUGCUGAAUAUUUGCUUGAAGAAUUCAGGCCUGAUUUAAUAGAGAUGGUACUGGAUAAACUGAGACCAGAAAAUGUUCGAGUUGCAAUAGUUUCCAAGUCUUUUGAAGGAAAAACUGAUCGAACUGAAGACUGGUAUGGAACACAGUACAAGCAAGAAGCAAUUUCUGAUGAAGUUAUUAAGAAAUGGCAAAAUGCUGACCUCAAUGGGAAAUUCAAGCUUCCAAUGAAGAAUGAGUUCAUUCCUACAAACUUCGAGAUUUUGCCAUUGGAAAAAGAUGCAACACAGUACCCUGCCCUUGUCAAGGACACUGCUAUGAGCAAACUAUGGUUCAAGCAAGAUGACAAAUUUUUUUUGCCAAAAGCUUGUCUCAACUUUGAAUUUUUCAGUCGCUACAUUUAUGCUGAUCCUCUCCAUUGCAACAUGACAUACCUGUUUAUCAGGUUAUUGAAGGAUGAUUUAAAAGAGUAUACAUAUGCAGCACGCCUCUCAGGUUUGAUCUAUGGCAUUGCAUCAGGAAUGAAUGCAAUACUUCUUUCUGUAAAAGGUUAUAAUGACAAGCAACAUAUCUUGCUCAAGAAGAUCAUUGAGAAAAUGGCUACUUUUGAGAUUGAUGAAAAACGAUUUGAAAUUAUCAAGGAAGCGUACAUGAGAUCACUUAACAACUUCAGGGCUGAACAGCCUCACCAGCACGCAAUGUAUUAUCUCCGACUCCUGAUGACAGAAGUUGCUUGGACCAAAGAUGAAUUAAAAGAAGCUCUAGAUGAUGUCACUCUUCCCCGCCUCAAGGCCUUUAUAGCUCAGCUGUUGUCACGGUUACACAUUGAAGCUCUUCUCCAUGGCAAUAUAACAAAACAGGCUGCAUUAGGAAUUAUGCAGAUGGUUGAGGACACUCUCAUUGAGCAUGCUCAUACAAAGCCACUCCUUCCAAGUCAGCUAGUGAGGUACAGAGAAGUGCAACUUCCAGACAGAGGUUGGUUUGUAUAUCAACAGAGAAAUGAAGUUCAUAACAAUUGCGGCAUUGAAAUAUAUUACCAGACAGACAUGCAGAGCACUUCUGAGAAUAUGUUUUUGGAGCUCUUUUGUCAAAUCAUCUCAGAACCAUGCUUCAAUACUCUGCGCACCAAGGAACAGUUGGGUUACAUUGUGUUCAGUGGUCCACGUCGGGCAAACGGCAUACAAGGACUGCGAUUUAUUAUCCAGUCGGAAAAGCCACCACACUAUUUAGAAAGCAGAGUUGAAGCGUUCUUAAAAACUAUGGAGAAAUGCAUAGAAGAUAUGACAGAAGAGGCCUUCCAAAAACACAUCCAAGCUUUAGCAAUUCGUCGUCUAGACAAACCAAAGAAGCUGUCUGCAGAAUGUGCUAAAUACUGGGGAGAAAUCAUUUCCCAGCAGUAUAACUUUGACAGAGAUAACAUUGAAGUGGCUUAUCUAAAGACCUUGACCAAGGAUGAUAUUAUACAGUUCUACAAGGUGCUGUUGGCAAUAGAUGCUCCCAGAAGACACAAGGUAUCAGUACACGUCCUUGCAAGGGAAAUGGAUUCCUGCCCUGUUGUUGGAGAAUUUCCAUGCCAAAAUGAUGUGAACCUGGCACCAGCACCACCACUACCACAGCCAAGUGUGAUUGAAAAUAUGACAGAAUUCAAGCGCAGUCUGCCACUGUUUCCACUGGUGAAACCACAUAUCAAUUUCAUGGCUGCAAAACUGUGAAGAACCCCAAUGGAUGAAGAAAUGCAAAUGAUCAGUACUGACAUGGUUUCAGGGGACUCCAUGAUGAACAAAAUUAUUAAAGAUCAUUAGCAUAAAUGGUUCUGUCCGUUAUGAAAGCCCCAAAUUACUACUCGGUUCAUUUGACAUUAGCUGUGUGUUAGGAAUAGAGAGCAUAUAAAAAUCAGUUGUGGUCACGUGUCAUUUAUAUAACAGACUACCUGUUGAAAACCAAAAUCAACUGAAACAAUAAUAAUAAAAAACUUGUAGAUGCAGUAUAUUUUUAAAAUAGUAUAUCCCUUCACAUUUUCAUUUUGAUAAAAUAACCCUCCAGAGCAAAAACAAUGGCUUGAAAUAUCCUCGUUACUCUUGAAAAACAGCGUUUAGUAUCCCAAUAAUUAUCUUAUUGGGGGCUGGAAAGGGUGAGAAAAGUAGGUCCUUUUUGAGAUGGGGUCAACAAUUUUUCUUAAAAAUAGGGACUUACACAUUUUUUUGAAGUGACGUGUUGAAUGAUACUUUUUUAAUUGAUCCUUAAUGCAACCAACAUGUUUUCUAUUUAAGUUUUAUGAAGACCAGGGUGGGGAGGGGAAAGGAAAUUUGACAACGCAGUAGUAAGUGAGAGAAUUGUCUUAAUGAGCAUAAUUGAAGACACGGGCAUGAUUUUAAUCUUUCUAUACAGAUUUGGGGACAUUUUAUAUUAAAACUAGUAAAAUGCUGGAAACACUUUAAUAGUGUAUCUUACUUUUGUUACCAAAAGUAUUGUCCCAGUCUCUUAAUACUGUCAACAUUCUGUUCAGUUUUUCAGUGUUAUUGUGAAUUGUUUCCAUUUGGUAUAUAAAAUACUUUAUUUGGUGUCAUUUUUUGUUUUCAGUUGUGCGUUUACUGGUGGAGAACUCGAGCUAUUUUGCCUCAUUUGUUAUGUUAGGUCUAAGUCCAGCAAAGUACUUAAUAGUGCAAAUAACUUGAAGCACACCUUAGUUCUUGACUCAAGAACAGGUGAAUGUCAAAUAUGGGCCCUGUAGUGAAUCAGAUACAUCAUUCUGAUACAUCUGCGUGGGUCCUUGUCCUUCAGGAAGGCGUUGGGACAGUGCAGUACUGGGUUAGCGGUACUGCUGUAGCACAGGCUGUGGUUUAGGUUGCAUCACAAAAUGUUUGUUCCUACUUCUUCUAAAAAGUCUGCGCAAAACCCAACAGGAUCAAGAAUUAUGCUGAAAUACUGUAUGUAUGUAUCUCCAUAAUUUAGUAAACUGGGAAAACAUUCGUGGUAACUAAUCUUCACCAAGUUUACUGGCUUCUGCAGAGUUGUCUUGUACUUGAGACAGUCCCCAAAUACAAAAAGGUAAGGGAGCAUCUUACUAAUGAUGUUCUCCUACCUGCUUAAUGCAUAAAAUCAAUAGUAAUAAUUCAGACAGGAAUAGAGUAUGCAAAGCACCGAAGAUAUAAAAUCUGUUCAUUGAUGGUGUUACUGUGAGUUUGCUUCUUACUGAAAGAACCAGAAACCAAGGCCCUGAUGUGACACACAUGUUGUCAUAUGUCAGAAUCCCGAUAUAUUUGAUAGGGCUGUUCUUCUCCUUGAGUCAGUGUUCUUACACGGGCUUUGAAGCCAAAAUAAAUGAAUGGUUGCCAGGGUAAGGGCCUUAAGUUGUGUUUUAUCUGAGAGUCUCUUCUAAUUGAAUAAAUGCAGUGUAUUUAAAAGUUGUUUAAAGCCUAACAGUACAUGUUUCAACCUAUUUUUAAUACAUUUUUUGAUAAUUUGUGAUGUAACCUGUUGCCAAAGAAGGGCACUAGCAUUUUUUUGUAGCCCAAGAGGAAAAAAAUUUAAACAUAUUAUAACAAAAGCAGUAAAGGUGUCUCUGCUCACCGCAUUUUUCAUGGAUCCUUCACAUAAAAUGGGCUUUUUACCCUCUUGCAUUUCACUUUUGUUUAUAGUUUUCCUUUAGUAAAAGUAUUUGUAUUAUAGAUAUUAAAAUUUUUGACAACAUAUUAUAAAAAUAUAUAUUUUGGGAUUUAGUAUUUAAACAUACCACUCUUAUGGUGAAUAAAAUGAAAUGGCUUCUAUCGUGUGUAAAAAUAGAUAUAUAUAUAUAUAUUCAUGGAAGUACUAUCAACUCUAAUUUUAACAAAUUAUAUAAAUAAAUUGGAAUAGCAGUGUAUUUAAUAAAAGCUCACAAAUCACGUUUUCCAGAGGAAAAAAAAUGCAGAAUUUCAGAGUUCUGUGACUGGAUGUGGAAACCCAUGUAGUUUUCCAGCAACUCUUAAUUGAUUUUAAGUGUUCUCCAGCAUUUUACAGUUUCUGAGUUUGAUAUAGCAGUAAAUUUUGAUAAACUCAGGCAUACUAAUGGGUUCAUUUUAAUGGAUCCAAAGCUGCAGUGUCUACAAGCAAUAAAAAACUAUCUAGAAUACACUGUAAUUCAAUUUUAGUGCUUGUUAAUUAGUUUAUGUAAGAAACCAUAAAUUAUUAUUACAUAACUGUAAUUUUUGCAAGUGCUAUUUUAAGCAGUUGAUGUGGAAUUGGGUGCAUGUGACACAGCCAGUAUGACAGAGUGCUAGAGUUAUUCUGUUUACAAUAAACAAUCUGAAUUUAAUGUUUGGAGUUCUUAAUUUGUUUCAUUUCAGUUUUUUGCAUACUGGUAAUGUUACAUCUAUCAGUCUGUGCAUGUUUUUUAUUAUACAGUGUUUUGCUAUCCAGUUGCUUGGACUAGUUACUAGGCUGAUACAGCAUUGCUGGAAAAGUAUUCCCAGUCACUUUCAGGGAAGUUUCAGAGGACUUCCCUGUGUGGCAUCCCACACCUUUUAAGGUAGAUCCAUCUGUGUUGCUCUCUGAGUGUAUGAAAUCUUAAUAAUAUAAAGGUAGAAAUAUUUGCACAAGACAGGAUUUUAAUUAUCAAAUCUGAAAGUGUAAUUUCAGAGCAGUGCUGCAGCCACACUGAAUUGUGCCUAGCGCAGCUUUACAGUGUCGCUUUUGAGAAAUUACUUUCCCUGAUCUCUUUUUUAUGCGUGCCAAAAGAUUAUUUUUCGAAAGGUUAGGAGUAAGUGUGACUGUUAGAACAGUAAAUAGUGUCAAUUCCAAAUUCUGACAGUGCAAAGAUACAGGUCAGCAGGUACUUCUGCUGUUCCUAAUGGGGCUACUUGAAGCAAUAUUUGACAGUUAGCAACAUUAAGAGACAGGUUUUGUCCUUGGCAUUGGGAAGAGUGGUUGGUACUCUCGGUGAAGAAAUAAAACGCCUGCAACCCACCUGGAAAAGCAUUUGACCCUGACAUCAGGGCUCUCUUUCUCCACUCCUAGUUGUUAGGGAUUGGUGUAAAUCUUGACUCAUUGGCUUUGUCUUUUGCAAAAAUCAAGCUAUCCAGAUUGAUUGUAACGUUAGUAGUAUGUGAAAUCUGAAGUCUACUUCAAAGGAAGAAAGUGUGUAAGGCCAAAGGCUCAGCAGAAUGGGAAAUGUCACAAUUAAACCAACUUGAACUCAAGCAUCUAAACAGAAUUUAAGGUUGAAAAUAUUUAUGGUUUCUUAAAUUAAGAUCUGUAAGCCACCCCAAGGCUGUUAAUGGAAAGUGCAGCAUUAAGGGAUGUAGGCACCACACUGCCGAGCAUUUGCUGCUGUUAACUUAGAGGACUCCCUCUGCAGUGAUGCAAUGCAAGUUCUUACAGUUCUUGGCUGUUUGUGCAGUGGCUGGGGGAGGAUACACAGCUCCAAGUGGGCUUCAGGUUCCUGUUGCACUGAGCAAGGAAUUGACUGGGCUUGGCCAAUGGGAAACUCUAGUGAGAGGCGUCCAGGUUUAAAUCCCACAUCUUUCUGAGGAUCCAUCACCACCUCACUGUGUGUUAGCUGUCCUUCCUUCUGCUUCAGACUUCCAUUACAGCUUUUCACUACCUGCUCGGCUUUCCUUUCAAGAAGGGGGAGUAAGGAAUCGUGGUACUUCUGUAGUGACUGCCAAAGAUAAUGUAAACUUUUCACUGGAGCAGCAGCAGCUAGAACUCAGGACCCCCCUUCCAGCCCUCCCCUCCACCCGUACGCAGAACUGGGGAUCCAGUGGUAUGUGUGGGCUCAUACAUGCACAUAGUCUUACUCUGAUUAGAAGAGAUUCCCUUCAAGAGAAGGGAAUGAGGAGGUCCCCAAGCUAUGUUACUAACCUCUGGGAAGUGGGGAAAAAUAGGCUAGAGAAAAUUCUAAUAGAAGGUGGAAAUUAAGUUGAUUUUUUUGUUUGUUUGGUUUUUGGUUUUGUUGGUAACUCGCACUAACCACUGAGUUGUGGUGCAGAAGAACAUGCUUUUUAUGUGAAGUCUGUUGUAAAGGAUGAACUCCUGUGAGGGCAGAGAUAAAGACAACUGCUUGUGACUUCCAGGGAGAUGUAGGAGAUUGAUACUAAUGCAUUUUACAUAGUUAAGACUGAGUCAUUUCAGAGCAUGCGCAAAAAUGGUAUCAGGGAUAUCAAUGUAGAAAAUGUGGGUGUGUACAAAUGUUAGUGAAAGCUGAGACUGGGUUUUGAAGAUCACAAUUUUGGACGUGAUGCCUUUUAGUGGUCUUAAAAAUUUGCUGAAGAGUGUUGAAGAGGUGUGCUUGAUAAGGCAGUGCUGGAACUGGUUUAAACUACCAGAAAUACGUAAUCAUUUCACAGCAGUAGUGCUCAAAAAUGGUUCAUUUGGUAUUUUUCAGACAUUCUAAUUUGCUUUGGAAUGAAGUUAGUUUAGCAGGGCAGGUUUCAGCCCAGUUGGUUAUUUGUGCAUGUGUGUAGAAGCCAGGGAAGUUCACAACAGAUUAGUGCCCAUCGGUGCUCUGGAGUCAGUAAGCUGUCAGCAGGUCAACAUCUCCCCACUUUAUCUUUUUGUCAUUACAGUAACUUUUAGCUUGCCUAACACUUGUGUGUUCCAAGCCUUCUGCAGUAGUAGGGGAAAAAAAGGUGUUUCUAACGACCAAUUACUGCACGGGAAGUUCAGUGUGUUGAGAUACCAGUAUCAUUCACUGGCACAUACCUGUUAGGGGUGAAUCUUCAGGAAUCUGAAAAAAAAUCUACGCAGACAAAUCUGUUGUUCACAGAUUUGAUUAGUGUUAAUUUCCAGACAAAAAUGUAGGAAAACAACAUAAUUGUGACAAUUCUGCAGCAUUAAGUGUGUUUUAGGAACACAGGAAUCUGUAUGUAUAACUUCAUGUGGCAUCUCCACAAGCUGAUUGUUCAGUUCUGAUGCUCUGUGUGUCACCUUCCGAGGCAGAAAGCUCCGGUGUUAAUCUCGCAUUGUGUCAUGUUUCUCUGAGCAAGGUGAGGUUACCCACUGUUACAUCAGCCAAAGGUGUCAUUGAUGUCCCUUUAGCACUGGGAUGCACCGGGUGUGGGCUGCAUGGGUUUUCUAGGAUAUUUUUUUCUGUGAUUAGAACUUACCUUCUAAUCGUGGCAAGCUUUAUCCAUAAAAUUAUACAAAGAUGGCAUUUACAGUAUGUCUGAGCCUGGAGAGCCACACUGGACUGCUGCUGAAGCUCAGCCAAGCGGGAGAGGGAAGCAAGUAGGACUGCUUCAGAAUUAAUUUGAAAACAGGUGCUACUCAACCGCAGCAGGAGACUGAUCUGCUGUUGUAUGCACAAUUUGUUUUUAUUGCUGUGAAUAAUCUAAUAAAAAUGUACCUUAUGCAGCCUUUUCCUGGAAGUGGGAAUAUUUAAGAGUGGAAUAGGUUGUAGGCUUGAUGUAAUUUGAAGAAUGUAUAUACAAAGAAUGCUUGUAGUUUGGAUUUUCCAAUUGAAUUUAAGUGUCAGUAAUCAUUAGUUUAAAGAUGUGAUGAAUGUGAAAAUACAAAAGAUUGUAUUAAGCUCAAUGUAUACAAAAUGUAAGUGUGAGCUGGGGUGCUUGCCCACACAAUGAACGACUUAAUAAAAAUAAUGUUGAAAUGGAAGAUAAUGCUUAUAAAUUGAAAGCAACUAGCUGCAUGCCAUUUUGCACUUGUCUGAUAAUCAUGUCUAUCCGUUAUGUCACUGUGUAUAAGUUACAAAUUCCUGUGAAAAGGGGUCAUGUGUUAUGUCUGUAAACUACCAAUGCACAACUGUGGUGCUGUAUAGCUAAUAAUUGUAUUCAGCUUUUUAAAAUGUUGAAUUGAGUAAUUAAGAGUGAAUACAAGACCUUGUUUUCAGGACAGUUCGUAGUGUCUGAACAAUCGUAAGUUUCUUUUAGCUCUGAAAGCAACAGAAUAAAAGUAGGAGAAUCUCA